AUGGCCAAGAAGGUGGCGGUGAUCGCCACGCUGCUGGCCCUGAACCUGCUCUUCUUCACCUUCUCCGACGCCUGUGGCUGCCAGUGCGGAGCCUGCCCUAGUCCGGGCGGAGGCGGCGGCGGUGGCGGUGGAGGUGGGGGAGGCGGUGGUGGAGGACCAGGCGGCGGUGGUGGGAGCGGAGGCAGUGGGGGCAGCGGCGGAGGAGGGAGUAGCGGAGGUGGUGGCAGCGGUGGUAGCGGAGGCGGGGGUGGUGGCAGCAGCGGAGGAGGCGGCAGCGGCGGCGGCGGAUCGGGAGGAGGAGGCGGCGGCGGCGGACGUGGAGGGCGGUGCCCGGUCGACGCGCUGAAGCUGGGCGUGUGCGCCAACGUGCUGAACGGCCUCAUCAACCUGGAGCUCGGAAAGCCGCCGAAGAAGCCGUGCUGCACCCUGAUCCAGGGCCUCGCCGACCUGGAGGCCGCCGUGUGCCUGUGCACCGCACUGAGGGCCAACAUCCUGGGCAUCAACCUCAACGUGCCCAUCGACCUCAGCCUCCUCGUCAACUACUGCGGCAAGAGCGUCCCUAGAGGCUUCCAGUGCCCCUAG